AUGGAAAUAGUGUUUGUGUACACAAAGAAGCGAAGCGAGUUCGGCAAGCAGUGUAACUUUUCGGAUCGGUCAGCGGAGCUGCACGUCGACAUCCUUCCCGACCCUUCACUAACAGCCAAUUUCGUGGAGAGAGACCCCUGCGACGUGCCCAUACAAUGCACCCAGGAGAUGUCGGAACACGAGGUGAAUACCGAGCGUUUUGUGUCCGAGACGCGGGGAAUAAACCACAUUGAGGGCGGGUGGCCCAAGGAUGUCAACCCCCAAGAGAUGGAACAGACCAUCCGCUACAGGAAGAAGGUGGAGAAGGACGAGCAUUACGUGAACACCAUCAUGCAGCUGGGCGGUCUCAUGGAGCACUGCAUCAAACAGAACAACGCCAUUGACAUUUACCAGGAGUACUUCACUGACGAGGGUGUGGCAGAGGAGUCUAAAGAACAGCCCUCGGCCAAAACCGUCAACGUCUUCAGAGACCCUAAUGAGAUGAAACGCACAGCCACCAGUCUCUCCUGGCACCCAGAUGGGAGCCGUAAGCUGGCAGUGGCCUACUCCUCUCUGGAGUUCCAGAGAGCCUCUGGAAAUAUGAGCUACGACUCCUACAUCUGGGAUAUUGAGAAUCCCAAUAAACCUGAAAUGACUCUUAAACCUGUUUCCCCUCUCGUCUGUCUGGAGUAUAAUCCCAAAGACUCCCACAUCCUUGUUGGAGGAAGUUACAAUGGUCAGAUUGCGUAUUGGGACACACGCAAAGGGAGUCAGCCUGUGGACAUGUCCACCAUCGAACACAGCCACAGAGACCCAGUCUACAAAGUCAUCUGGCUUCAGUCGAAGACGGGCACGGACACCUUCUCAGCCUCUACUGAUGGUCAGGUGCUUUGGUGGGACAUCCGAAAGAUGAAUGAGCCCACAGAGAGACUCGUCUUGGACCCCAGUAAGAAGGGUAAGCUCGACAACGCCUUGGGGGCCAUCUCGCUGGAGUUCGAGACCACAAUGCCAACCAAGUUCAUGGUGGGCACAGAGCAGGGACUGGUCGUGUCCUGCAACCGCAAAGCUAAGACCCCAGCUGAGAAGAUAGUCUGCACAUACAGUGGGCACCACGGACCCAUUUACGCCCUACAGAGGAAUCCCUUCUUCCCCAAAAACUUCCUAACCAUAGCCGACUGGACCGCCCGCAUCUGGUCCGAAGACAUCAAGGAGUCUUCCAUCAUGUGGACCAAGUAUCACAUGGCCAACCUGUUAGAUGGCUGCUGGAGCCCCACCAGACCCUCUGUCUUCUUCACUGUCAAAAUGGACGGCACACUGGACGUGUGGGACUUCCUGUUCAAACAAAAUGACCCCACUCUCAGCCUUAAAGUGUGUAAUGAAGCUCUGUACAGUUUGCGGGUGCAGGAUAAUGGGCGUUUUAUGGCGUGUGGUUCUCAGCUGGGCACUGCCACUCUUCUGGAGAUCACAUCAGGUCUCUGCACACUUCAGAAAAAUGAGAAAGCCCUCGCCACAGCGAUGUUUGAGCGGGAGACCAAGCGGGAAAAAAUUCUAGAAGCCAGGCACAGGGAGAUGCGUCUAAAGGAGCGCAGUCGCUCUGAGCAGAGCAAAGAGGAUGAGGGGAAAGAGGGAGACAGUGAGGAGAGCACAGAGGACCUGGUUUCUCGUGCGGAGAAGGAGUUCUUUGAGAUUGUGGAGGCAGAGCAGAGGAAGAAGGAGAAAGAAGAUGCCAAAGAGAAGCUGAAGGUAAAGAUGAUGUGUGAGGAG